AUGCGUCGCCGAAGUACUCAGGGUCCUAUUCUGCCACUCUCGAGUGCUGUGCCUUGUCAUACUUUAGGCUCCGAAGAUCAUCAAGGUUACCUUAAUCACCAUCGCAUAUCCCAGAUUCCCAUUCCUAUUGGGGUCCCAAUACCGAACGCCGAAUUAACCAAUGAUGACUGGCUGUCUCCCCCGCCUACCUGGUCCUGUAUUCGAGGGCCCCAGGCCCCCAAUGAGCACACUCUAACCUCCUACUGGUGCAUGCUGCCAGUAUCUUCCUUGAUGUCUCCGCCAAAAGAUCUAAUGCAUGCCUUGGAUGCAGCCGGUCCUCUAGGCCUCGUUUUGACGGCAGAGGACUUUGGAAGAGCAUUCCUUUGA